CGCAGCAGGAGUCACGGUCCUGACCCGGAAGCGUUUCAGCGUUGCACAAUGCAGUGUUACAUGACCUAACGCGGUUUGCCGGAGAAGCGGGUUGUGUGGAGAUGUCCAUUAGUCCGUCAUGUCUCCAUCAGCAGGACGAGCUCUCAGUGGUUUCACCUCUAGGAUCCUUGGCAGAGGAAUGCAGAUUAAAAACGCGUCGGCUUCCGUAGGUUUGAGGUCACUAUCGCUGACCUCCCCGGCGCCGGCCCGGUCCAAACCGUCGUCAGACGACAAAGCGGUCAGCAGCGAACCUAUCAAGUUCUCCACCAGUAAGGCCAGCCAUCGGACCUGGAGGGUGGACCGGUCCCUGGGCAGCCAGCACCAGCGGCCCUGGUGGAAGGUGGUGCCCAUCAGCCUGGCCUUCGCCGGCUUCCUGCUGUGGUGCAUCAUGAGGCCGGAGACGAACGUCGACACUCAGCUGGAGAAGCAGCUGUACGAACAUUUACCUGGCCUGAUGUCAGACGAGGAGGGCGGGAAGGAGUGAUGUUUAUCUCUGGAUUGAUAUUUAUUUGUUAAAAUUAUGUGGACUGAUUUAAAGUUUAAUGAACCCGUCCGUUUACUUUAUGAUGAAUGUUGGGUCACAGAUCGUCUUGUAUUAACUUGAAUUAAAAUCAUUGUUUCUGUUAGAAUUGUAGCCUCUUUUUGCUUCAGCGUUCAGAAAAACAAAUGAUGUAAAAGUUUCAUCAGUCAAUCUAGCCAAUUAUUGAUUAGUUUUUUAUUGUAGAUAAAUGAAAUAAUUCCAAAGUGUUUGACCUAAACUGCUUCCUCACUUCAAGUUGUUCUAUUUUUUAGCAGGUUUUAGGCAAAGUGGGAAAACCUGAAACUGCUGCCGGUCACCCAGCAGGUCGUUGCUAGGCAACCAGAGAGAGUGAGUUGAUUAAACCAACCUAGACUAUUUACAUGUGGCAUGUUUAGGAAUAAAAUGAGUUUUCAGUGGAGUCUGGGAAGGAAAUCCGAUUAUGCCAAACUCAAAAAGAGAAAAAAGUUUUUACCAAAACUCAACUUUGCUGCACCAAAAAUUAGCCUUUGAUUUAAUAAACUUGGUUAAAUAUAGCAAAACAAUUUGAAAAAAAUCCAGUUCUUAUGACUGUGAAUAAAAUUUGCUUGACUUCAAAAGAAUUUGAAAAUGUGCAAAUUAUUCCUAAAUUUUAUUGUCUAUAAUGAAUAAAAUCCCUUUCCUACAAA